GCUGUCGUUAUGGGCAGGCUGCUCUGCUCAUGAGUGGAUGUUGGAUCGGUCGGUAUGGGGAAUAGUCUUGGAAACCUUUCGACUAUAAAUGGCUCUACUAUCUCUACGUUGGUGGAACCACCUCCACUACAAAGGUUUAAGCCAGACCAGGAUCCCAAUUUUGGCUUUCCCAAUGGCAGGAAACCAAGAGUGAUGAAGGCCACGGAAGCGGAAAUGAUAUCAGCCCGGCUGCCUCAUCGGUAUCGCGACUACUGUGCCCACGAUUUGAUCAAUUACAAGGCGUGCAGGAAACAUAAUUUUCCAUUUGUGCUAAAAUGCCACCAUGAAAAGCACUUGUACGAACAGUGCCAGUACGACGACUAUGUCUUGCGCUUCAUGGAAACUGAGCGCAGCAGGAGGUUGAAGGAGCGUGAAGAAAGGAUAGCGAAGAAACGGGCGAAGGAGGAACUGGAAUAAACGUCCUCAUCAGCGUAGGGAUAUUGUUUUGUUGUACGGUAAAGGUGGUAAUAGUGUGUCCUAGCUCAGAAAUAAAGCGGCGUUCUCUUGCA